AUGUCGAAGCGGUUCGAACACGUCUUCCGUCUCCUUGCCCAGAUCAUAUGCAUCCAGUCCCGCGCUCUCGCCGUCCGGAAGACAGACCAGCACAUCCCCCAGCCGGAUGUCGCGCGCCGGCCUUCGCGACAGGUCAGGCAGCCCAAACCAGAUAUUAGGGAAGCGCAGCCACCGAUCCUGUCCCGUACUCUUGGCCUGCCGGUAGCGUCGCUACGAC